GUGUCGUGAGGAGACGAUCGGAUCUUAAGCCUCGCAGCGCAAUCUUUGGCUACCCGAGAGGUAGUUUUUCUUCGACAACCAUUGACGAUUAAUAACAAACCACAUCGGUUGAAGUGGCGCUUGAAGUGUCCGAACAAAAGUGGCUGCUACUUGUUCGUUUGAUCCUUGUUGAUUUGUGGAUCACCCAUUGAGUGCUUUGCCGUUCCAUAGAACACGUCGUCCCGUCUCAAUCUGAUCUGACCAUCAAACUUCAUUGCGCACGGUGCGUUAUCAGCUUGGUCAACAUAAAAAUAUAAUGACGUCACUGGCCGUAGAGGAAAACAACAACAACAACAUCCACGAUCGCGACUCCAAGAAUGAGGAAGGAGAAAAGCGUUUGCGAGAGUUGACAAAAACCUUCACCGGGAUCGACAAGCCGUUAAAGAACGCGCGGAAGUGCGAAACGUUGGCCGAUCUUACGGACGAGCUGCGCAAAACGUUCGAAUCGGAUCAUGUAAAUGUUCAUUACGUAAACCAUCUGAUGCUGAGUUACGAAUCGAAUCCUGCGGAAUGGCGCAAAUUCGCCAAAUUCGACCGUUACCGUUACACAAGAAAUCUUGUCGAUGCUGGCAACGGGAAAUAUAAUCUUAUGAUACUCUGCUGGAAUGAAGGGCACGCGUCAGCCAUCCACGAUCACGCCGAUUCGCACUGUUUUAUGAAAAUGCUGAAAGGUCAGUUGGUGGAAACCCGUUACGCUUGGCCCAAGGACGCGUCCGUUAACGAGGAUAUCAGAGCGGACAUUGGGCAUUCCGGCGGCACGAGUGAGGAAACGGAGUACAACGGGGAUGAGUUGGAGGAACUGUCGAGAAGUACCCUCGAAACAAAUGGCGUGUGUUACAUUAACGACACUUUGGGACUGCACCGCGUGGAAAAUCCUAGCCACACAGAUGUGGCUGUUUCUUUGCACUUGUAUUGCCCUCCAUUUGACGUGUGUUCCAUUUUCAACAAGCGCGACGGAAAACGCACCAAGUGUAAAGUAACGUUUUGGAGCAAGUAUGGCAAACGAAAUCCCACCGACGCCAACUGAAGGAUGGGCCCAUAUUUUGUAUUGCAUUCGUCGACUGAUGCUGAGAAGUGAUAAUAGUGAAGAGCAAUAAACAUUUUACGGUUACAAAUCAUUAUGGAAGGUAGGAUUUUUCUUUGAGUGAGUUGAGCAUGCAUUUUUCUUAGAUUACUAAUUCGUUGUUCCAAAAUAUUAUAAGAUUGCGCGAUAUUAUAAAAACAAUCAAAUUGAAAUAGUUAUCGUAGUUCAAUAUAUGCAAUUUGCUCAAACGUGCGGUUGUUUUGCAAGUGUCAAAAACAUGCUACACAUUGCUACUCAAUAAAAAUAAGAUACUCAAAAAC